GAGGGUAAUCCGCCAUAACUCUGCUUUCACACCACUUCCCUCUCUCUCUCCCUCUCUCUCUCUCUCACAUUCUCUCUUUCACACUCCAUUUACAGAAACACCGCCCACAUAGGAAGCUGACCCAGAACAAAAAGCGUAUCAUUUUUUUUUCCUUUAGGAGAAAAAAAGCAGGGAAAUAAAUGUAGAGGUGAAGAGUACCAGUUGAGAGAAGAAACAGAAAGAGAUGAAGUUUGGGAUGAUGAUGACGACGAUGAUUAUGAUGAUAAGCAGAGGAAUUUGACUCUUCCAUCUGCUACUGAUAAGUGGUGUAAGGAACAAAAGAGAUGAAGAUGCUUGAGUCGUUAACUGUGAUGACUACACAAUAUUUUUAGUCUCAUUAAAGUAUUCCUGCUGAACUCACUGGUUAAUCUUUGAACCAGAAUCAAAGUGCAGUUGUAAUGGAAAUCCUUCUGUUUAUAUAGUGAUUGACAUUGUGAUCUAGUUGACUGGUGACAUAUUCUCCCACAGCUUGAAUAAGAGUACAGUUGUGUUGCAAGCUCUUUCUGCUUGCUUUUCUUCUUAUAAGCACAAAUUAGCGAAGAAGCUCCAGUUUGUUGAUACUCUCCAUCUAUAAAAUGAGUUAUGACCCAAAAUUUGACCAAAUAUGGGAGUAUAGAAGGGGAGACAAUGAGUUCGAUUCUUCAAGUCAUGAGUCAGGAUCUAGUUCCAAUGGUGAGCCGGUUUUGAAGAAGCAUAAACUAGUUUCCUCUUUGAUUUCACUUGAUGAAAAGGAUGACAUUAGUUAUAUUCCAAAAUUUCAGCAGAAGGGCAAACUUGAUGCUGGUGCAGUGAGUCGUUUCAAACCUGGAGAAGGACAGAUUAGAUCAAGCUUGAAGGACAGUGCAUUCAAUUAUGGGAUGGGGAAUGAUUCUUUCAAACUCAAUGGAAGGAAGAACAAGGGUAGUGCCUAUGAACCUGCUGCAUUAGACGAUAUUAAGAUAUUCAUGGAGUCUCUAUUAGAUGAACUUAAAGUUGCAAGGGAAAACAUGCUUACAUGGAUGAGAGAUGAAAUGCACAAAUUAAUGGCAGAUGAUGCAAGGAGAGAGUGCACUAAGAGACAGGAUGUUGCUGAAGUUUAUCAUCAGAACAACUUCAAAUCAUGCUUGAAAGCUCAAAAUAGAAAUGGUCGAUCUCUGGAGCAGUCAGCGGGGAGCAAAAGGCCAGCUGAUUCAAAUGACCAUUGCAAAAAUCAAGGGGACCAUGGCCAGCAUAUAGAUCCCAUCUCAUCAACAAGAACAGAAAGUAGUCAUGAACAGAUCAUCUCAGUGCAGCAUCAGAACAACCGUGAUUCAGGCAUGAAGGCUCAAAAUUGCAAUGGUGAAUCUUUGGAGAGAUAUGUAAAAGGCAAAAGGGCAGCUGAUUAUAAGAAUUUCAAUGAAGUCCUUCAGGAUCAGCUUGACUAUAACCAAACCACUGUACCCACAACAUCAACUGAGAAGGACAAGGAGAAAAAGUGGGGAUCAUUGCUCAAGCCAAAUUUUUCAUCCAACCACACUGAUCAGAUAGCUUCUUCAAUGUAUCUGACUUUGCCCACCAUCUUACCUCUGCCAUCCGUUGAAAACCAGCAGCUUGAUAUUUCACGCAAUUAUAUUCAACCCAGGGCUGCUGGGAAUAAAAUGAACAUGAUUUUAGAAAGAGGAAAUAUAAUGCUCAAUGCAAGAACUCAUAACGGAUACUUUUCAGGCAUCCGGCGAGAAGAAAAAAUUGGAAGUUCUGCUCAACUGGAUACAAGAAAUUUGGCGGGUAGUUCUGACCAAAAGGGCACUCUGAUCUCAAGUACAGGAAAUGGGUUUCCUGUUCCAUUUCAUGAGGGUUUGGCUAGCGGGUUCAAUGUUCUAAGCCAAGCCAAUCUGGAGCAUCCACCCCAGGAGACUACUAACAAAUUGGGUUUGAGGAUGAAUGGGGGAGCUAUAAGACUCUCAGGAGGAAGUCGUUCAGAAAACCAUGUUGUUGCAAACAACUUCAGCGGCCGUUUGAAUUACAAAGCUGACGGUGGACUUGUGGCAUUUCAAACCUUGAACCAAAAUGAGGGUCAUCUGUUCCCAAACUAAUGUUGAAGAAUAAUGGUAGAGAGAAAAUCAACCUAUAUCUGAAGCCUUUUGUGCAUACAAAGCCAAUUUUGUGUACUCUAAUUAUUUAUUCCAAGUAAAGGAUGAGACUCAGACUAUUCUUAUCACAGCUGUUUCUAUGCAGAACUGAAGUUUCUCGUCUACCAAAGUGGGGGAUGUAGGAGAAGGUAAUUAUGUGGGCAUUGCUCUAACUUUUGUAUUCUGAUCUUCAGAAAUGAAUUUGCAGAGACUUGUAAGGGUGGGAAAGGCAUCUACUUUUGUCAGUGUGGGAUGUCUGCAUUCUGCAGUUAAAAUUUCCUGUGCUUUAUUUCCCAUCCCAGUUCAGGUAUGUGCCUUCCUAUUACUUCUACUAGGUGAGAACAAUGUAAUGAUGGAUCCCGACGCCCCAACCAUUUGUGGUUCACGACUCUAUAGCCAUUUAUAGAUUACUUCUCUUGCAAGUUCAUU